ACACUUACCUCCAACACUGUGCAUGCUUGGAUCUGUGGCUUGUUUAUGGGGAUUUGGAAUCAUAAGCGAUCAGAGUUUGGUUUUGUUGCUUGGUUUUAUUAAACCAUGGAUCAAGGGUGGAAAAGGUUACUCUUGUUAGUAUUCUUCCUGCAGUUUUGGAAGAAUGCCCCUGGUUUUGCAUAUUCAACUUAUCCAAAUGCUGGCCAGUGGUGGGGUCAGCCAUCUGACAACGCUUUCUUGCCUCUUGUGGUCCAGUCUUCUGUGCCAGAAGCCCCAGUGACUGGGGUUUUGCUUGAAGAAGUGGUCUCUCGUUUGCCAAAAAACAACCCCAAGUUUAAUCUGCUUCAGGUUGUUAAAGGUGGUGUUUCCAGCAGUUCUGACUCCACACCCCAAGCUCUGCCUCCAAAUACCCCGUCUUCAGCUACUCAGCCUGUGGAUCAAUCUGGGAUGAGUGGUGUAGUGUCACUUCAGGGCUCCUCUGGAUCCACCACUACAAGUGGUUCUGGACAAAUUGUCUUUGCACAAGGGGGAAGUGGCGGCUUUGCUUCCAAGACUGCAGUUUCUGGCCAGUCCACUAAUGACCAGAGCUCCCCUGGUCUGUCUAGUUCAGUUUCUCAAAGUGCCACCUAUGGUGUAACUACCCAAGGUACAAGUCCGUUUGCUCCAGGGUCUUCAUCCCCAUAUGCAACCAUAUCGUUGCCCAAAUAUGUUACUAGCCAGCUGACAGCUGGACCAAGUUCAAAGCAAGUUACCUCUGUCUAUGGCACCCAGACCGGACCCUCUGCCCCUUUCACUUUGCAAGCAAGUACCACAUAUGAUGGAAGAAUCGAGACUCCAGAUACCACAAGUCCGUUAGUUUUAGGAUCUUCAACCCCAUAUGUAGCUGUAUCAUUGCCCCAAGUAACUAGUCAAUUGACACCUGCACCAAGUACAAAGCAGGUUACCUCUGUCUAUACCACCCAGACAGGAUCCCCUGCUCCUUUCACUUUGCAAGAACUACUCCAGGGUCAAGAUUCAACAAGCCAGGUUGUUUAUGAAUCUUCAACCCCAUACGUAUCUGUAUCAUUGCCCCAAGUUGUUACUAGUUCGUUGACACCAGUGCCAAGUUCAAAGCAGGUUACUUCUGUCUAUGGCACUCCGAGUGGUUCUUCUGCUCCCUUCACUCUGCAAAGACUACUCCAGGGUAAAGGUUCAACAAGCCAGGUUGAUUCAGUACCUUCAACCCCAUAUGUAGCUGUAUCAAUGCCCAAAGUUGUUACUAGUCAGUUAACACCUGUGCCAAGUUCAAAGCAGGUUACCUCAGUCUAUACCACCCAGACAGGAUCCCCUGCCCCUUUCACUUUGCAAGAGCUACUCCAGGGUAAAGUUUCAACAAGCCAGGUUGUUUCAGUACCUUCAACCCCAUAUGUAACUGUAUCAACACCCCAAGUUGUUACUAGUCUGUUGACACCUGUGCCAAGUUCAAAGCAGGUUACUACUGUCUACACCACCCAGACAGGUUCCCCUGCCCCUUUCACUUUGCAAGAACUACUCGAGGGUCAAGAUCAAACAAGCCAGGUUGUUUAUGGAUCUUCAACCCCAUACAUCUCCGUAUCCUUGCCCCAAGUUGUUGCUAGUCAGUUGACAUCUGUGCCAAGUUCUAAGCAAGUUACCUCUGUCUAUGGCACCCAGACCGGAUCCUUUGCACCUUUAACUUUGCAAGAAAGUACCACAUAUGAUGGUCUGAUUCAGACUGUAGAUACCACAGAUCAGUUAGUUUCAGGAUCAACCCCAUAUGUAGCUGUAUCAUUGCCCCAAGUAACUAGUCAGUUAACACCUGUGCCAAGUUCAAAGCAGGUUACCUCUGUCUAUGGCACUCCGAGUGGUUCUUUUGCUCCCUUCACUCUGCAAACUCUACUCCAGGGUAAAGGUUCAACAAGCCAGGUUGUUUCAGUACCUUCAACCCCAUAUGUAGCUGUAUCAUUGCCCCAAAGUGUUACAAGUCAGUCGAUAACAGUGCCAAGUUCAAAACCGGUUACAUCUGUCUAUACCACCCAGACUGGAUCCCCUUUCACUUUGCAAGAACUACUCCAGGGUCAAGAUUCAACAAGCCAGGUUGUUUAUGAAUCUUCAACCCCGUACGGAUCCGUAUCAUUGCCCAAAGUUGUUAGUAGUCUGACACCAGUGCCAAGUUCAAAGCAGGUUACCUCCGUCUAUUCCACCCAGACAGGAUCCCCUGCCCCUUUUGCUAUGCGAGAACUACUCCAGGGUCAAAAUUCAGCAAGCCAGGUUUUUUCAGGAUCCUCAGCCCCAUAUGCAUCUGUAUCAAUGCCUCAAGUUUUUACUAGUCAGUUAGCUGGGCCAAGUUCUAAGUCAAUUACUGCUGUCUUCGGCUCUCAGACCGGUUCCUCUGCUCCUUACACUUUGCAAGGAAGCACCACAUAUGGUGGACUAAUCCAGCCUCAAAAUGCCAAAGAUGGGUCUUCUACAGGAUCCUCUGUCUUCCAGACCUCAACCGGUGACAUUUCUAAUCCAUCCAGCAGCUUUUCUACCCUGAAACGUUACUACUCUGUCAAGGGUUAGGAAACUGUUCAACUGCUGUAUGAUGCAAUCGUCCUAAACUGAUUUUAAUAAAGUUUUGAAGUCAAGUUUCC